AUGGCGGAGGCUUGGGUCAAGAAGACCAAAAGGAUCCUGGAGAUCAUACACUACAUAGAUAAGCAAAGAGUCCUCUAUGCUACCUUCCAGCUGUCUGGGGAGGCUAGGCGAUGGUGGACUACAGUGAGUCUGCUGGAAAAGCAGAGUGUUAGACCAACAGAGAUGACGUGGAGCUGCUUCAAGGAAGUGUUCUUUAAGAGAUACUUGCCGGCCUCCACACGCGAUGCUAAUGCGGAUGAGUUCUCUAUUUUGAUACAUGGAGAUAUGAUGGUGCAGGGGUAUGCUGCUUGGUAUAUAGAGAUAUCCCGUUUCGCGCUGUGCUUGAUCUCGAAUGAGUAUGAGAAGGCUCGGAGAUUCGAGAAGGGCCUAAGGAAAGACAUCUGCAGAUUAGUGGGUAUGCUACAGAUCCGUGAGUUUUCGAUUUGGUUGGAUAAGGCCAUUGUGAUCGAGACCGGUAUCCGGGAGGAUGAGGUGGAUCAGGAACCGAAGAAGAGGCCAGUUUCAUCUGGUUCUCAUCAAGGAUCAUGGAAGAAGAGGAACGAUGGCUCGGGCUACCGCUAG